AUGGGAGAAACCGUCCAGUCGUCGAAUCAACUCCUUUCCCUAAAAGUGAUACGUCUAUCCCGGCCAAAAGUUCCCGAGAAUUCUUCAUUUCCAACAGAUCCUGUUGACCCUUCUCGAUUUUCCGAACUAAUAAAUGCAGCCCUAGGUGCUGGUGAGAAACGAUAUGAAACCCCAAUCGGAGAAUAUUUGAUUGCUCCGCAGAUGUUCGAGAACAUCUAUCUCGGCGAAACGUUUACUUUUUAUAUGAAUGUUGUUAACGACAGUGAUCAGAAAGUUACGGAUGUUUCGGUGAAGUGUGAGUUGCAAACGAAUAGUCAAAGAGUGACUUUAACAACGAACGUGCAAGAUGCCGUCUUGGAACCAACAAAAAGUUCUGGUCAAAUCAUUAGUCAUGAGGUAAAGGAAAUCGGGCAGCACAUCUUGAUAUGCUCCGUCAACUACAAGACAACAGCUGACGAGAAAAUGUACUUCCGAAAAUUUUUCAAAUUCCCUGUUGGAAAACCAAUCGACGUGAAGACGAAGUUUUAUAAUGCUGAGGAUAAUUCGAACAGUGACGUAUAUUUGGAAGCUCAAAUUGAGAACACCUCUGCGACAGCCAUGGUGUUGGAAAAGGUGGAGCUGGAACCUAGUCCUAACUAUACAGUUACCAGUAUAAGGGCAUGUGACGAGGACGAACUUAAUGGGAUGUACUUGAAGCCACGGGAUAUCCGGCAAUUUCUGUUUUGCCUCUCUCCGAAGGAUAUGCAUAAUACUGUAUAUAAAGAUAUGACCAACAUCGGUAAACUGGAUAUGUCAUGGCGAACAAACAUGGGCGAACGCGGACGGUUGCAGACGAGCCCUCUGCAGAGGAUUGCACCUACACAUGGUGAUGUACGGCUCUCAGUGGAGAAUCUGCCAGCUACAGUUCCCGUUCGUAAGCCUUUCACCGUGGAUUGUAGGCUAUACAAUUGUUGCGAGAGAUCUCUCGAUUUACGAUUGGAGCUCCAGAACAGUUCACAGUCUCUUAUCUUCUGCUCUAUCAGUGGCAUUUCAUUAGGACAGGUCCCACCGAAUGGCAGUGUUACUUUCAGUGUCGAGAUACUGCCGAUUUCUAUAGGUUUUCAGUCUAUCUCUGGUAUUCGAAUAGUGGAUUCGUUUAUGAAGAAGAUCUACGAUCACGAUGAUAUCGCACAAGUAUUUGUGAUGUAA